AAACAAUGCUAAGGGUGUUGCUUGAGUUCUUGGCUACAGGUGAAAAGUGAAGAAACGUCACCGUUUUCUCUGGAUAAGGAAAACAAGGGGUUUAGGGGUUUAUGAAGAAUUUCUGUGUGUUCUUCAAUAUACACUGUAUUUUUGUUCAAAAAGAUUGAAGAAGCAUUUUUUAGUUUAAAUUUGAUGCUGCUACUUUGUUAAGUAGGAAGGUGUUAUUUGGUGGAUGAAAUUGAAUCAUAAGCUGUAGAACAAGAAAAUGCUAAAUUGCUGAUCCUCUUCUUCUUGUGAGUUGAAAUAAAAUGAAUUUCCUUCAAACUAUUAUCAUCCCAAAACCCUUUCCACCUUUUCGUUCACCUAAUAUUAACCAAAAUCGGCUUAUAUUUCCUUCUUCCGGACAUUGUGGAUGGAGCAGAAUAUCAUUUACUUCUUUUGCUGUUUCGAGAGGAUUUGAUUCGGAGAAAUCCGACUCUAAGCCGAAAGAUAAACCGAAAAGUCCAAAAACGUUAGGUGAUCGAAAGGAGGAUGAGAAACCCGGAACAGUUUUUCCGACAACGAAACCUAGGAAGCCAAGGCGUGGUCGUAGGAGUGAAGCAGUUGCGGUUGAGGAUUUUGUACGCGGGUCACUUGACAAAACAUUUGCGUCCAUUCGACAACAGAAUCCACAAGCGUUGGAGAGUAAUGAAUAUAUAAUGAAGGACAGAGAUAAUGAUGAUAUAGAUUCUGAAAGUGAUGAUGACGAGGAGGAGGAGGAUGAUGAUGAAGAACUGGAAGAUGAAAAUGACAUUGGUAGACAAAAAGGAAAGAAAAAGAAAAUGGUGGUUGAUGAAGAAGGCCGAGAUUGGCCAUUGGAUGCUGAUGUGGGCUGGGGAAUUAGAGCAUCAGAGUAUUUUCAGAAACAUCCAAUUAAGAAUAUUGCAGGGGAAGAUGGAAUGGAAAUUGACUGGGAAGGGGAGAUAGAUGAUAACUGGGUGACGGAGAUUAAUUGUCUCGAAUGGGAGAGCAUUGCCUUUCAUCCUAGCCCGCUAAUUGUUCUUGCUUUUGAGAGAUAUAACAGGGCAACUGAUAAUUGGAAGACUCUGAAAGAGCUAGAGAAGGCGGUCAAGGUGUAUUGGAGUGCAAAAGAUAGAUUACCACCUCGGUCAGUGAAGAUAGACAUCAAUAUUGAAAAGGAUCUGGCAUAUGCUCUUAAAGUUAAAGAAGGCCCUCAGAUUCUAUUUUUACGAGGGAACAGGAUUGUGUAUAGGGAGAGAGAAUUCCGAACUGAAGAUGAAUUGGUCCAAAUGAUUGCACAUUUCUAUUACAAUGCAAAGAAGCCUCCUUGCGUUAAUGAUGCAGCUUUGUCUCGACCUUAUUAAUUUGUCAGGUGAAGGAGGAGUAUGUGAUACAGGAGAGCCGACAAAGUGUGUAACCAGCUGGGAUUGCAAAGAUAGCAAAAGUUGUAAGGAUGAGUGUAAUAGCAAUUAUCGGCAAGGAUAUGGGAGCUGCAUAGGCGUCCCUAAAACAUGCUUAUGCAGCUAUGAUUGUAAUUAAUGUGCUAAUUGUGUAGCAAGGGAAUGCAUCAUAAUAGAAUAAGCAAUUUACUAUAAUCA